AUGGAAUACCUUGGUUCGUUGGGAAAGUUGGUGGCGUCUAACAGAUGUGAGGGGCUGCUAGAAACAGGUUGUAUUCAAUGGAACUGGUCUGCUAAUCUGGUAGAUAGUGAGGUGGUUUCGGAGUUUAAUUUAUGCAGCAAUAUGAUUCAAAAUGUGGCGCUUUCUCAGAGGGAGGAUUCGUGGAAAUGGCUUGGAGAUAAUACGGGUUCUUUCACAGUUAAGUCGGUGAAGAAGAUGAUAACGAAAGAUAGAAUCCGGAUGAAAAGGGCGUUAAUGAAAAGAAACAUUCACGUGGGUAAUAUGGAUUGUGUUCUUUGUGGCGAUUGGGAGGAAAAUGUCGAAAAUUUGUUUACAGGAUGCAGAGUUUCGACGGGAGUUUGGCAAGAGAUACCGGCGUGGUGCAAAAUUCGGACGGUGUUUGCCUUCACAGUUAGUGAUUUGUUCGACUUUCAAAACAGUUGCGCGGCUUCGACGACCACGAGGAAGGAAGCCAUCCGAGGAGUUUUUAUUAUAACGUGUUGGUGGAUUUGGCGUACAAGAAACCAAAGUUUGUUCGAGCAUAAGAGUUUCAAGGUGGCGGAUAUUGUGGCGAAUAUCAAGACAACGAGUUUUCUUUGGUUUAAACAUAGGCAAAACGAAGUGGUUGUGGACUGGAAUGAUUGGUGUAAUUUUUGCUUUUUGAUGUAA